AUGGCUGCAUAUCUUCGCUGGAUGGGGUUAAAGGAAAGAGUUCCUCGCAGGAAAAUUAGAGAUAGGCUAAACCCAAUUGAAUUUUAUGACAACAGCGAGUUUUCACAGCGGUACAGAUUUACAAAAGAGUCUGUCAUAUACCUGAAUGGGAAGGUUGGACCAGCAAUCAAGCAUGGAAGUGAGAGGAAUUUUGCUGUGCCACCGCUUCUCCAGCUCCUAGUUGCUUUGCGAUUUUAUGCUACAGGGUGUUUUCAGAUGGUUGAUGGAGAUCUUUUCGGAGUUCAUAAAUCCACAGUCUGCAGAAUUGUCAGCAGAGUGUCCGAGGCAAUUGCAAGUUUAAAGGCUCAGUACAUUCACUUUGUACCAAGGAGAGAGACAACAGCUGGAUUUUAUGGGAGAGCAGGUUUUCCAGGAGUAAUUGGGGCUAUCGACUGCACCCACAUUCCCAUUACCAACCCAGGUGGUGAGAAUGGGGAGCUGUUUCGGAAUCGAAAGGGCUACUGCUCAAUUAAUGUCCAAGUUGUGUGUGAUGACCAGGCCCAGAUCACACACAUUGUUGCAAGAUGGCCAGGAUCCACACAUGACAGCCGAAUCUUUGACAACAGUCAACUUUGUGCACUGCUGGAGAGAGGGGAGAUCCGUGGACACCUAGUGGGGGACAAUGGCUAUGCAUGUCGCCCAUACCUGAUGACUCCACUUUUGAACCCUGAGACCCAGGCAGAAAAAAACUACAACUACUCGCACAUUCAAACAAGAGGGGUAAUAGAGAGGGUGUUUGGGGUGUGGAAGCGGAGAUUUCCAUGUAUACAGGAGGGACUCCGCACAAAACUGGACACUACCCUGACCAUCAUUGUUGCAGUAGCUGUUUUGUACAACUUUGGGAGGAGAGUAGGAGAUGAGCUACCCGAGGAGGAUGAGCACCCACUUGAGGAUGAUCUGGAAGAUGCUCAAGUGCAGAAUGCUGCAAAUGCAAAUGGCAAUGCUGUCAGGAGAACACUGAUUGAAAACCACUUUGCAGCAUAA